CUCUCUGGUAAUGCGUGGAUCAACGAACUCUGACGGGAGUACAAAGUAGGCGUGGCUUGUUCCCUGUUGCCCAGCAGCGGUUAGAACGCCCCGCCCCUUUCCCCCUCUUCUGCGGAGCUCCAUGCUUCCCGCUGCAGGGCUCCGUAUUGGCGGCUGGUUUGAAGAGCGGAAGUGACGGUUCUCGAAGAGGAAAACAACCGUUCAGUGGAUGUUAUGUCCGGACCGGAGCGCAGAGCGGGUGACCGGCAGCCUCAAGCAGCUCACGGGGCCGAUGUCUGAUGUACUCUGAAAACAUGAAACGUAAAGUGGCCAAAGCGAGCGCCCUGAGGGUGAGCCCCAACGAGGAGGCGUCCAUGUUACAACAGGAGCGGGAGCGGAGGAGGAAGCUGCGCCUACAGCAGGUCAGAGAGCAGGAGAAGUUCAUCGCUCAGCAGAUCCGCCAGGACGUUAAGGAAAGAAAAGAUCAGCAGCUGCAGCAAUUAGCAGGAGACCUGAGAGCCAGAUGGGAAGCCACCCAGGCCGAGAAGCUGCAAGCCUUGGAGAAAAUCUAUCUGUGCACCCUGAACGCCAUCGGAGAAGGACACAGACAGGCCAAAGAGAAUGAGCCUGAUUUGAAGGCGAUUGAAAAGGCAGUGGCUGCAAAUAAGGAAAAAGCAGAGAAGAGACAUCAGGAGGCUUUGAAAGAUUUAAAACAACAGAAAGAGAAGCGGCUGAGGGCGCAGUCCUGGCUCAUCGAAGCACGAAAAAAAGUGCUUGGCAUUGAAAAGGACCGUGCAGCAAAAAUUGCCAGUCUCCCCCCUCCCCCGCCAGAUCCACUUCAGAACAUUGAAGUUGUAAAGCGUCUGCCAUUAGUGAAGGUCUGCAAUGUAGACAACUUCUCCACCUCCCACUACCACCUACCUGAGGCCUACGUCGACCGAGAGAUGGAUACUGAGCAGGCUGAUGCCCGCUCUGCGGCUGUGGAGGAGGAGAAGCGGCUGAAUGCACUUCUGCAAGAGGAGGAACGCGACAGGCGGGAACAAAUGGAGAAGGCGAAUCUCCGCGGAUCUCACGCUUUAAAAAGGGUUCAGCUUGCACAGGACAGGGACAGGCUGAUGAAGGAACUGGAUCAAAUGCAGCAGGAAGACCUGUCCAGGCGGCGGCAGAUCGUAGCGAAGAUGCCGCAGCAGUUGUUCGAGCCGGCCUACCGUCGAGCGGAGAUCAGGGAGGAAUGGCAAGGGGAGCUUGAGACUGCGUUCGAGGACAUGUACACACGAAAUGCAAAAAUGAGAGGGGACAUGGUCCUGCACCUAAAACCCCAGCCCCUGCCCGAUCCCUCUGUAACCAGUGUGGAUGAAGAUCUUGAUUUGACUGUGGAGCCAGAAGUGGUGCCUGGAGUGGAGCAUCAUUCUGGAGGAACUGAGGACAUCUCGUCAGUAGAAGAACAUCGAGAAGAAGUCCGAGAACCGCAAUCUAAUCAAGUGCUGAAGAGGUUAUUAAAGAGAAUAAGGACUCAGAGAGACCAGUGGGACUCUAAGGCUGAGACGGUCAGUGCGACCAGUGACACGCUGGAGUCCGGCUCUCUGCCCAUCGAUCAUGAAUCAGCAGAUAUCCAAGAGGAGGGAAACUCGGAUGAGGUGACUGACACAGUUAUAGCCGGGAAGUCCAUUCUUCUCCAUCCUGAAGAACAGGCCAUGCGCAUCAGGAUGGAGGCCGAGAGGAAGGAAAAGAUGGAAGACCUGGAGCAGCAGAAGCAGGAGCAGCUGGAACUGAUCAGGAAACUAGACGAGGAGAGAAGACGUUUAGAGGCAGAAUUCCAGAAGAUGCAGGAGAGCAGUGCGGCUGUACAGGACAAACCAGAGGCAGCGGCGGUAGAUGGGAAACCGGAGGAAUCGUCAGCCACAGCCGCGCAGUUGAACACGUCAGCAGAAGGUUUACAUAUCCAGAUGAUUCGGCAGUACCAGCAGCGCCUGAUGGAGCAGAACAGGGUUCACAAGCAAUCAGUGGCUGAAGCGCGAAAACGUUUGCAGGAAUACCAGUUACUACUGAAGGAUCGGUAUCCUCACUUAUCCACCUCCAACAUGGGAAGCCCAGAAAAGGGUCAGGAAAACAUGAGGAGUCUUCAAGGGCCACACCCAGAUUUAUCUAAAAAUAACAUCCCAAAUACGGUCCUGUCAUCUCCUCCUCAUCACAACGCAGCGGUAUCCUCACCAGGUCAUCCUCCAUCUACAGAAAAGCAGAUAUCGGACCAGAGUGUGUCCAGAGGUGUAGGAAGGACUCGGCAGAUGAGUCCUAGAAGUGGCCCAGAUCCUUCAUCUGCAAGCAGUUUCCAUGCUGUGGUCUCUUCUAAACUUAGAACUGACAGUCCUGCGAGUGUGGACUUCUCUCACCAUCACUCCCUUAGAGGAAGAAGUCCACAAGGACUAUUAUCUCACAGUCCACAUGACGACCACCUUAGAGCUCAAGAUACUGUAAUAGGUUCAGAAAAACUUUCCUCCCCGUCCAGUCCAGGAGAACAUGACUCCUCCUCCGGGACUUCAUACUUCCUCCUCCCUUCGGCACUUUUUUUAGGUCUGCCUCAGGAUGACUUUUCUGAACAAGUCGUGUCUGUCACCGUUCCCGAAGUCGGCAAAAGAGACCGUCUACCCCUAGGAGACUUCUCCAGUGUUCAGGAAUUCCGAGAGAGACUUCUGUCUUCUGCUGCAGAGAUCAGUAACCAGCAAGACCACCUGAAGGAAAUGCAGGCGCAGCUGGACAAGCAGCGAGAAUCUCUUCUGUCCAAGCAGAAAAGUCAGGAGCAACAUCUCCUGCACAAGCAGAAGGAACUGGAGGAGCAGAUACGAAGGCGCCAGGAGUCCCUGGAGGAGUUGCUUGGCCCAACUGAGUCUCCACAGGGGGCGAUCCCCGCUGAUCUCCGUGUGAUUCCUGAGCACGAUCGAUAUCAGUUUAUGUCCGCACUGCUGAAGGCGCUGGAAGACGAAGAGGAAGACGUCUCAAUGGUGACAGACAUUCAGUCCUGUGAUGGUUCUCUAAUGAGAGCUCCUAUAAGAGACCACAAGUGGAGACCUUCCAAGCCGCCUGUCACAAAGACCAAACUAGGGCCAUUCCUGCAGCAGCAUGAGCUGAGCGCCAUCAUGGAAGUGGAGACGCCCAGCGGCAGACCCUCCAGCACAGGAACUGAACUCCGAGAAAGCCAGCCGGGUCGGCCUGACCCAUCUGGACCCAGCGAACAUGUUGGUCAUCACCCAGACAUUAGUCAGAUGAGCUGUGACUCCUCGAUAAUACCAGGGGACCUGUCCGGCCUAUCAGCCAGCAUCAGAGGCGAGACUCCAAACCAAAGUUAUGCCAAGUUAUCAUGGAGAGACACUUUGUCUUUAGAACGAUCUCGAGAGCCAGCCGGAGGAGAUCCUUCAUUUACUUCAGUUUUGUACAAAAGUCUCCAUGACAGUCUCACCAGGAACACAUUCCCUAAACCACUUUCAAUGGAGGAAGGAGCUUCUGGCCUGGGGUCGACCGGACAAGGACGGAGCCCAAAUUCAGCCGGCGAUUCUUUGUCCACUACAACUAUAUCAUCCGGCAGCUUCCUGACCGGCGAGAAGACCGACUCCAGUCCUGGAAACUCUGAUUUCCUAUCGGACUACUAUUCUGCCAUUGAGGAAACUAAAGCCAGCGUCUCCAGUCCAUCAGCCACUACAUCCGGGAUCCCUCCUCCAACAACAUGGAGUCAUUGCUUCAGUCCGGCGGAAAAUCACAGCCACAUCCAGCAGAUCAUAGAGAAAUACACCAAAGAGCUCAGCGCUUCUCUAGAAAGAAACUUGAGUUUUCACUCUCCUGAAGUUGCUACUGAUGUUACAGCUUCUGAUAACCACCUCUCGUAUACAUUUCACUCUCUGGAUCCAAAACAUGACUUCGAUAUCUCCACUUCAUCCUGCGCCCGAUCCGAUGCCACCAGGAGCCCACAGAACAUGCAGGAUCGGAGUCAGAGCUCCAGUAACACCAGAGGAAGCCCUGCAGUAACACACAGCACGCCGGCUCUGAGCUCCUCUGUCGGCUUAUUCCACUCACUGAACAUCAGGAGAAGUUCACCUAGGAGGCAGAACGAAGCAGCUCCUGAAGUUGCUACUGAUGUUACAGCUUCUGAUAACCACCUCUCGUAUACAUUUCACUCUCUGGAUCCAAACCCUGACUUCAAUAUCUCCACUUCAUCCUGCGCCCGAUCCGAUGCCACCAGGAGCCCACAGAACAUGCAGGAUCGGAGUCGGAGCUCCAGUAACACCAGAAGAAGCCCUGCAGUAACACAUAGCACGCCGGCUCUGAGCUCCUCUGUCGGCUUAUUCCACUCACUGAACAUCAGGAGAAGUUCACCUAGGAGGCAGAACGAAGCAGAUUUUUCUGGAUCUUUCCUCCCAUUACACCCGGAGUGCACCCUUAAUGAGCCAAAUCUGAGCCGCCAUGAAGAUCCGCCCGGUGGAGAUUCUUGUCAGGAACAGGACCAGGAAACUCCUUUCCAGCAUGGCGUCUUGCAGUCUUUUGAUGCAGCGUCUCAUGAUGCCAGUCACAGACCUUUCACUGGUCGGCACUCCUCUACCAUCCUGACAAGUGCAGCAGAGGACAGCGGAUCUUUCCAUGCACUUGUGGCUGCACAGACGACGGUAAAUGAUUCUGAACUGUCCGAACAUCCAAUCUCAGACAUCUUGGAGAGGAAUAGUAAUAAAAGCGUCCAUUUCGAGGAGCUCCCUGCUGGACGUGAAGAUGUGAACACAGAUCAUGAUGUCCCUCAAGAUCCCGAGGAAGGCGCUAGUCAAGUUCCUUCACAGCCAUCAGAUCAGACCCCAAGAUCUGAGAACAUGAGCCUCACAUCUCACUCCAGAUCCUCUCUUCAGUCCUUGUCUAGCUUGACUAUUGGGUCUUCAGCUGGUUCUUUGCAGAGCUUUAUUCAUACUUGGGACUCUGAGUCGAUGCGAGGAAUCCUGGAAGAGCCCGAUCUCACUCUGCUCAGCCUGAAUGACAGCAGCAUCGUCUUCUCCGAGCCUCCGCUCACCCAGACCGCGGACCACCAGGGUGGGAAAACUUCUCAGAGCACCUUUCACCCUCUUCACCCAGAGGUGGACUCUUCAGGCUUUCAUGUGCCGGACCAGUCUUCAGCAGAAGGGUCUUUAUCCCAGCACUUGACAGAAAUGAGUCUUGAAUUCACAUCUACUCCGGGGAGUCUGCAAGAAGCCUUCCUGAGCAAGAAAAGACAUUUCAUCGAGAAUUCCUCAAAGAGAGUCCAAGAUAUUAUGAAGAAAGACAGAGUCCCAAAGCAGAAGCCGCAGACGUCUGAUCUAUCGGACGUGUCCGUCAUCCAGGGCGAGCAGCGGUCUAGCUCCGAUCCGGUCCCUUCUGAUGGAGGCCAGAUGAAGAAAGUGGUUGAGGUCAGAGUGAGCACCCCGGAAGAUCGCAAACUGACUGAGAUAGAGAUGCACCAGCGCACUAUACGGCUAUAUAAUCGGCUCCAUGAAGUUAAAACACGAAGAGAAGAUAAGAUGCGGCAGGAGACAUAUGCCAAGAACCGCGAGAAGGCCAAAGACUUUAAGAAGAGAACUUUGGAAAAGUUAAGAGCCAAACGAUGAGAACGUAAUAACUGAUCAAAACGUGAGCGAAUGUGAAGAAGAACCUGAUGCCUCAGCCCUGCAGGGCGUCUCCUGGCCUACAAGUGCACUUUUUGAUAAUUUAUGAUUGAGAAUAAAUGAAGAUGAAUUGGCAGGGGAGGCGGCCAUUUUCUGGCACUGAUUUUAACAGAAAGCAAUCCGGGUGGAGAGAAGCUCCAUACAUGACUCUUCCUAUGUGCAGAAGUGCCUCAUCUAACACAUAGGUGAUUUUGAACAUUGCACGGCGCAGCAGAGCGUGUUCCUCCUGAUUCCUGUCUUGGCCAUUUGGUUUCUGAACACCGACGCCUACAGUAUCUGUAAUGCCGGAAGUAUGUACAAGACAGCGAGCUCCCCCAUGAAUGAGCGUGCUUGGACUGGCCAAGCCAGAGCCUGCCUGACUGCGGUAUAUUGAGACAGUAUGACGCCCCCAUAAAAAAAAAACAUUGUCCGCUGGGUUGGUCAGCAUAUAGAGAGAUAUUUGCUGACAGUACAGUUGCAGAAAUUUGGGCGACGGAAAAUCUGUCCCCCUCAUCUGAAUGGGGUUGAUUUGGCAGAAAGCACUUGGAUUUCUUCAAGCACCAUUCUAAUGAAUGGAACAGUCCAAAAAAAAACAUUUAAAAUUUUUAUUUUUUUUAGGGCUCAUUCAGACGACUGUAUGUGAUAUCCGCAAAACACUGAUACCAGCCGUGUGCGUUCAACAGAAUAUGCUCUAUCUUUUGCAGGGCCACGGAACAGAAGUAUAGAUGCGGCCACAUUAAAAUGAACAGGUCCACAUCCGUUCUGUAAUAUUGCUGAAUGGAAGCUGGACCCGUAAAUACGGUUGUCUAAAUGAGCCCUUAAAGGGUUAUUCUGAUCUCGGACAUUUCUGGCCUAUUGCUAGGAUACGCCAUCAAUGUCAGAUGCAGGUCCCACUUGUGGGAUCAGCUCUUGUCUCCAGAAUGGGUCUCCCGAAGGGAAGGCCAACACGCUGUGCAAGCGCAGCCACCCUCUGAUAUCAGAGGUCAGAAAAUGGCUAUGCUUUUUCCAGCAGUCUCAUAGAGGUGAGUGAAUGAACGGAGCAGUGGCGAUGCAUGGGCCGUGCGCUCUUGAUUCAAUAUGAGAUGCCGAAAAUAGCAGAACACGCUCCCUCUUCUAUUUUUGGAUUUCCUAUAGCAGUAAAUGGAGAAAACCCCCUCAGUAUGCUCUCCUUCACUUUGGGGACCGACAUCUGGGACUUGAUCCUAUGUGACUUUGAUGGCAUAUCCUAGCGAAGUCAGAGAUGGACCAAUCCUUUUAAAAGGGGUGUCCUAAAAUAACAAGCCUACAGGUUGGGGGAUAUGUAUCAUACUGGUGCGGGUCUGAGAAAUGGCGGUCUCCUUGAAUGGGGCUGUGGUCGGGCAUGCCGCACCAUUGAAACAAGCGCUGUACUCCAUCUUCGCCACUGCUAUAGACUGUGAAUAAAGCCGUGGUUGAGCGUGCACCCUCCUGCGCCAAACAGGCAAAAGGGACCCCCAUUCUCAUGAUUGAAGGGGGAUCUGAGCGGUUGGACUAGGUGAUGAGCUGUGAUUUGCAGACAAACCCGCCAUGUGUAAUUUUACUUUUUAAAUGUGUUAAUGUAUUUUAUGUAAAGAGGUUUAUAUAAUUAUUUAUGGAGCGUGAAGAUUGGGUUGUACUUUUUACUAUUGAAUUUUUAUACCCUUUUAAUAAAUGUUUCAUUAUAACGUAUAUUGUGCCCUGUCGUC